AUGUUACCAUCAGAAGAAUUUUUACCAAGUUACCUUCGUUAUAGUCCAAUAAUUAAAUAUAAAAAUACUUCAUAUAAGCAACUUUCAUUACCUACACAUUGGAAUUCAACGGAUUGUUGGCCUUAUAUAACUAUUAUAGAUCAAGAACAGUUAAAACUUCAAUAUAAUGGACCAGGAAUAACUUCAUCAGAUGCUGCCGCAGUCAGAACUAAUAACCCUAUUCCACCAGAAGUUGGUUUAUAUUAUUUUGAAAUAACCGUCUUAGAUAGAGGAGAAAAUGGAUGUAUUGGGAUCGGAUAUUGUAAUUCAACUGUUGAACUUAAUAUAUUACCAGGAUGGGUUGAUGACGCAAUUGGAUAUCAUGGAGCUAAUGGUCGAUUAUCUUGUGAAACGGGAGCUGGCGACAUAUUUGGACCUUGUUACGGUACCGGAGAUACAGUUGGUUGUGGAAUUAAUUUUCUUAACAUGGAAAUUUUUUUCACAAAAAAUGGUAUAAACAUAGGUAGAGGUCCAUUUUUAUAUUUUGAAACUUAUUCUUACG